CUAUAUAAAGCCCUUCUUUCGUAGUUUUCACUGAAGAAGAUCCACCUAAGCACACUUAACACACUCUCUCUCUUUCUCUGAGCACCGAACAAUGGCGGCAUGUACGUUGGCAGCGCGCCAAGCGGCGAAUCUUCUUCGGCUUUCUUCACCUAAAUCGGCUUCUACGGCUCAAGCCGCUAGUCUAGUCCAUCGGCGUGGCCUCGCCGGCGGCGGAGAUCACCAUGGACCUCCAAAGGUGAACUUUUGGCAGGAUCCUUUGAACCCAUCUAAAUGGAAAGAAGAACAUUUUGUAAUUGUCUCCUUAACUGGAUGGGGCUUACUCUUAUAUGGGGGCUACAAGUAUUUUACUAAAGGCAAGAAGGACAAUGAGGAAGAGGCCUUUUCUCCUUGCAGAAAGUCGGAGAACCAUCGCACUAAUUUUGGGACUGUUUCAAAAUCUCUCUGCCAAUAAAUAAAGUGAUUGCUCACAUGGCUUGAAAACCAUCGUACUUUCUGGAGAAUGAGGCUGUUUUUAAAUGUUAUAUACACCUUAGUUUGAGCUAGUCUGGUUGUAAAUGACUCCUUGAAAUGAUAAUUUAAUGAAUGUACCCUUUGUUUUUUA